AUGAAUCCUGCUUCCAAGAUGAACAGAUCAGUCCACCAGCUGAACUCUUCUGACAGCAGUGAAAGUAACAAUUGGCAGCUGGUGCCUAUCAUCAUUCCCCUAGUAUAUUCGCUGAUUUUCCUGGUUGGCACAGUGGGCAACUCUCUGGUGCUGGCAGUGUUGCUGAGGAACAGGCAAGUCAACAAUACCACCAAUCUCUUCAUCCUCAAUCUGGGAGUGGCCGACCUGUGCUUUAUUGUCUUCUGUGUGCCCUUCCAGGCCACUAUCUACACCCUGGAUGACUGGAUCUUUGGGCCCUACUUGUGCAAAGCUGUCCAUUUCUUCAUCUAUUUGACCAUGUAUGCCAGCAGCUUCACCCUCACAACUGUAUCCUUGGACAGGUACUUGGCCAUAAGGUACCCAUUGCAUUCAAGAGAACUAAGAACACCCAGGAAUGCUCUAAUAGCCAUUUGUUUGAUCUGGGGUCUCUCCUUCAUCUUUUCUGGACCAUAUCUCAGUUACUACCAGGAGUUCCAGAUAGCCAAUGUGACUGUCUGCCAUCCUAUUUGGAAAUUCUCUCAGCGCAAAGUCAUGGACCUCUGCACUUUUGUCUUCAGCUAUGUCAUUCCAGUGUUAAUUUUGAGCCUCACCUAUGUGAGGACCAUCCGUUAUCUCUGGACUUCUGUGGAUCCCAUUGAAGACAUGUCUGAUUCUAAGAAAGCUAAGCAUAAGGUCACCCGAAUGAUCAUCAUUGUAGCUGUUCUCUUCUGCCUUUGCUGGCUACCCCAUCACCUGGUGAUCCUCUGUUUUUGGUUUGGCUAUUUCCCACUGAACAAUUCCACCUAUGUGCUUAGGAUUCUUUCCCACUUGAUUUCGUAUGCCAACUCCUGUGUCAAUCCCAUUGUCUAUGCUUUGGUAUCCAAGCACUUUCGUAAAGGAUUCAAGAAAAUCUUCAGCUGCCUAUUGCACAAGAGAGUAGCCAACAAGGUCCAUGUGGCACAGGUGACCCGCACUGUUAGUACCUUGGAAGCAGAUCUGACUGAGGUGACACAUGUCAGUGGUCCCACACAUGCCAGAGUCUCCUCCUGCUGUCAAUUCCCUGUCCAGACAUGGAGUGAGACAGAGCAGCUGAGACGACAAAAGAAAGUUACCAAUUCUUUCAUCACCUUCAAUGUCACUUAGGCCUUUCAUCUAGUUCUGAUCAAGUGAGGAAUCCUUACAAAGCACCAUGGUGGUUAAGUUUGCAUGAAUGAAAGUAAUAUAUGGGAUUCUAAAAAGCAUAAGAGUAGCCAGAUGGUUCAUGCCAAUGAUUUAUGUGUUUCAUUGUCCAUUGCUCAAAAAGUAGCCUCUAUCAGAAGCUUCAGAAGGUAGUGUUGAUGCUU